AUGCCCAGAAAAGUCAAACAGGAUAGAUACCCUGUCAGUAACGAGGUGGAAGAGUCCGAGUCAUCCACCUCUGAGGAAGAAGACGAAUUCGGAGAUCUCGUGACAGAUGAAGUUGAAGCAGGAAUCUCCAACGUACUUCAGGCCAUUAAAACCGGGGACAAGAAGCUUUUUGAUUCGAACGUUCGUUUUUUUGAAGAGCCCGAGAAAGCAGUCGCAAAUUUGCAAGUGAAAGCUGCUCAGAAGCCUGUUUAUCUCAAGGAUGUUCAGCGUGAAAACAUUCUGUCUGGAAAGCCCGAGAAAGCAGUCGCAAAUUUGCAAGUGAAAGCUGCUCAGAAGCCUGUUUAUCUCAAGGAUGUUCAGCGUGAAAACAUUCUGUCUGGAAAGGUGUUUCAAAACGAGGAAGAGGAAGCCGAAGAGGAUAAAAGAACAUACGUCCAACAGCAGCGCGAGGACAAGUCACAGCUUUUGAGUGAAAUCAAAGGCGCCUUUAGCGACGAUGAAUCAGAUGGUGAGGACAACUUCUUGCAGCAGAAAAGCAAGCCCGUUUCUACUGACGACAUGGUGAAGCUGCCCAAUCCUGAGGUUGAUGGAGCCGGCUUUCUAGAAGCUUACGUCAACUCAAAAGCAUGGAUUUCUGAGAAAGACGAACCAGUUCAGCUUGAGGAAGAUGACGAUGAAUUUGAGGAGGCAGCUGAGAAGUUUGAGAACGCGUACAACUUUAGAUACGAGGAUGCCAACAGUGCAGAGAUCAUCUCCUAUGCCAGAAACCAGGCCACGAUGAGACGCUCAGAGACUAAUUCGCGUAAGAAGCAAAGAGACCGCAAGAAGGAAGAGGUUGUCAAAGAAAAGCAAGCUGUUGAACAAGAAAUUAGUCGCAAGAAGUUGAAGAAGGUGAACACUGUCACUGACCGUCUAGCCAAGAUCAAGGAGGCCAUUGGCGAGGAUGUCGACUCCAAGGUAGUUGAAAAAGUUUUUGGAGACUCACUAUUGGCAGAUGACUUCAACGAUGCUGAUUGGGAUGCGAAGAUGAGCGAGAUCUUCAACCAGCAGUAUUAUGAAGGCGACGAUGCAAAACCCACCUGGUCUGAUUCUGAGGCGGAAGGUGAAGCAGUCGAAGAAGAACCUGCCGAAUCAUCCAAAGUUUCCAAGAAGAAACAGAAAAAACAGGAGAAGCACGAGUCAAAAAAAUCUAAGUCUUCGUUGAAAACUUUAGCCGAGAAGAUCGUCGAGUCCAACGUUGAAACCAUUCGUGACGAGGUUGAGGAGGAAAGAGGCAGAUCCAAAAAUGAGAUCAAGUUCAGAUACAGAGAAGUUUCACCAGACUCAUUUGGUCUCAAUGUGCGGGAUAUUCUGAUGGCUGAUGACAAACAAUUAAACGACUUCAUCAAGCUGAAGAAGUUUGCACCUUUCAAACCCCGCGAGCAGAGAGCCAAGGAUAAGCGUAAGUAUGCAAAGAAGAAGAGACUCAGAGAGUGGAGAAAAGAAGUUUUUAAUGAUGAGGAGGGUCCAAAAAUUGGUGAAGAGGGUAUUCCAAUUCCACAGGAGCCUGAGAGGAAGAGAAGGAGGCAUUAA